ACCUAGCUGCGCGUGCGCAGAGCUUGUUCAAAGGGCCUUAUUUAGGUUGCGCAGGCGCUUGUUGGCCAUUUCUUCUCAGCCACGCCGAAGUCGUGUGUUCAGUUUGUGUGGACGCCAGGACGCAUUAGGAGACGAUGAUGUUGGGCACCGAAGGCGGAGAGGGAUUCGUGGUGAAGGUCCGGGGCUUGCCCUGGUCUUGCUCGGCAGAUGAAGUGCAGCGUUUUUUCUCUGACUGCAAAAUUCAAAAUGGGGCUCAAGGUAUUCGUUUCAUCUACACCAGAGAAGGCAGACCGAGUGGCGAGGCUUUUGUUGAACUUGAAUCAGAAGAUGAAGUCAAAUUGGCCCUGAAAAAAGACAGAGAAACUAUGGGACACAGAUAUGUUGAAGUAUUCAAGUCAAACAACGUUGAAAUGGAUUGGGUGUUGAAGCAUACUGGUCCAAAUAGUCCCGACACGGCCAAUGAUGGCUUUGUACGGCUUAGAGGACUCCCCUUUGGAUGUAGCAAGGAAGAAAUUGUUCAGUUCUUCUCAGGGUUGGAAAUCGUGCCAAAUGGGAUAACAUUGCCGGUGGACUUCCAGGGGAGGAGUACGGGGGAGGCCUUCGUGCAGUUUGCUUCACAGGAAAUAGCUGAAAAGGCUCUAAAGAAACACAAGGAAAGAAUAGGGCACAGGUAUAUCGAAAUCUUUAAGAGCAGUCGAGCUGAAGUUAGAACUCACUAUGAUCCACCACGAAAGCUUAUGGCCAUGCAGCGGCCAGGUCCCUAUGACAGACCUGGAGCUGGCAGAGGAUAUAACAGCAUUGGCAGAGGAGCUGGCUUUGAACGGAUGAGGCGUGGUGCUUAUGGUGGAGGUUAUGGAGGCUAUGAUGAUUAUAAUGGCUAUAAUGAUGGCUAUGGAUUUGGGUCGGAUAGAUUUGGAAGAGACCUCAAUUACUGUUUUUCAGGAAUGUCUGAUCACAGAUAUGGGGAUGGUGGCUCUACUUUCCAGAGCACAACAGGACAUUGUGUACACAUGAGAGGAUUACCUUACAGAGCUACUGAGAACGACAUUUAUAAUUUUUUUUCACCGCUCAACCCUGUGAGAGUACAUAUUGAAAUUGGUCCUGAUGGCAGAGUAACUGGUGAAGCAGAUGUCGAGUUUGCGACUCAUGAAGAUGCUGUGGCAGCGAUGUCAAAAGACAAAGCAAAUAUGCAACACAGAUAUGUAGAACUCUUCUUGAAUUCUACAGCAGGAGCAAGCGGUGGUGCUUACGAACACAGAUAUGUAGAACUCUUCUUGAAUUCUACAGCAGGAGCAAGCGGUGGUGCUUAUGGUAGCCAAAUGAUGGGAGGCAUGGGCUUGUCAAACCAGUCCAGUUACGGCGGCCCAGCCAGUCAGCAGCUGAGUGGUGGUUAUGGAGGCGGCUAUGGUGGCCAGAGCAGCAUGAGUGGAUAUGGCAGCCAAGGAGCAGUGAACAGCAGCUACUACAGUAGCGGAAGCCGAGCAUCUGUGGGCGUGAACGGAAUGGGAGGGAUGUCUAGCAUGUCCAGUAUGAGUGGUGGAUGGGGAAUGUAACUGAUCCUGAUCACUGACUCUUGGUCACCGUUUUUUUUAAAAGAAACAAAGUUUAACAGUUUUGCAAUACAAGCUUGUGAUUGAUGCUUACUCUAAGUGGAAAUCAGGAUUGUUUUAAAAGAGUUAAGGUUCAGUAUUUUUGAACACAUCUAGGAUGUAACAACUGAGUAAACUAUAACUGUUAAACAAUUUUCAGCUUUUUCUCUAGUUCUAUUGUAGGAUGUACUUAAGCAGCAAGUGUAUUUAGGUUAAAGCAGUUGAAUUAUGUUAAAUGUUGCUCUUCUACAUUACAUUGAACACUGUUGGGAUGCAUGUUGAAAGACAUGCUUUUUUUGUAAAACUCAAUAUAGGAGCUGUGUCUACAAUUAAAAGUGAACACAUUUGGCAUGUUUGUUAAUUCUAGUUUCAUUUAAUAACCUCUAAGGCACGUAAGUUGAAGUUUUUUUUUUUUUUUUUUUUUUUUUUUUUUUUUUUAAGUUAAUGGGGGACUUUGAGACGCAACACCAUACGUUAGGAUUUUGGUCUUGGUGUUUGUAUGAAAUUCUGAGGCCUUGAUUUAAACCUUUCCUUGUAUCGUGAUUUCCUUUUAGGUGUAUUGCGCUAAGUGAAACUUGUCAAAUAAAUCUUCCUUUUAAAAACUGCA